CAAACAUAUUCAUACAAACCCCAAGUCGAUCGAGUAGUAAAUACCCAAUAUAAAACACGGUCCGUAAAUUUACGUCGUGAUCCGACAAGCGGUUAAGCAAAACGCCCGUAAUUCCAAGUGGAAAAUCCAGCAAAAUGUUAAUUUGAGAAAAUCAGGAGCCGUGAGGAGGAUUUGAACCUAUGCUCUGGGUACUCUAAAGCAAACGCCUUAAACAACUACACCAUGCCAUGGUAAAAGGAUUGCAACCAGGGAUUGAACUGAAUUCUCUAGGUGCAAAGAUUAAUUUAGUAAUAUUCAAGAACUUGUGCAAGUAAGAAGUCACAUCACAAAUAGAGAAUAUUAAGACCUUUCUCUAAUAUUUAAAAGGAAACAAGACUGAAGGUUGGGGGGAAGGGACAGGUAUUUACGGAAUUUAUAGUAGGAAACUCUUUAAACAUAAAAUAGUUAUUAAAAUAUGAGAUGGAAUUCUAAUUAAAUACCAACAAUUAUUUUGAUUUUAAGGAUUCAAACAAUGUUUAGAUUUGUGAAUUACAUGUUUAUUUUACACAUAUAAGAGGACAUACUACUACCAUAUACAGUAAUCAAUUAUCACUUCUGAAUUUAAACAGCUCUCUGUAAAAAGAGUAAUACUGAGAUUAAUACCACACAUUGAAGGUGAUGGACACCUCACACACCUUCAUCCUUGACAAGAUUCAGGCAUCCUCCUGAGGAGUUGAAGGCAUGUAAGAACAUAGUUAUAUCAUGUCAAAUAAUUGUUGUAAAUACAGGCACUAGAUGCAGUGGCACUACAUGCUCACUCUCACAAUUACAUUACUUAACAGAAUUACAUUUAACUUACAAUAUUUACUGACAGUAAAAUUUAAUUAUUUAAUAUAUAAUGUCUGUCAUUACAUCAGCAGAGAAAUAAGAAUUAUCAAUAGCUACAUAAAUUUAGCAAUAAAAUACAGAACAUUUAAAUCGGGAAAAUACUUUGGAUUUCUAGACCAACAUGACUUUUCACAUCAAUACAUUGUAAUUUGUGCAGGAAUAUAUUUUAAAAUAAAAAACUUGUCUUAAGUGCCUAAAACAGUAUAGCUAAAAAUAUCAUAAAAGCAUAAGAGAAUUUUAUGGACAUGCAUUCAUGUUAGCAUUCAUUGUCUAAAAUUCCUUUCAAGAAUAUAAAAAGUUAAAUAUGAGUCUUCACUCAGCAGAGAAACUACAUCAGUGUUCAGUGUGUCAAAAAGAAUUUACCAAGAAAUCAUUUCUAACAGAUCACAUGAGGAUUCAUACCGGAGAGAAACUAUAUCAAUGUUCAGUAUGUCUAAAAGACUUUAUAAACAAAGGACGUCUUAUAAUGCACAUGAGGAUUCAUACAGGAGAGAAACCACAUCAGUGUUCAGUGUGUCUAAAAGACUUUAUACACAAAUCACAUCUUACAGUGCACAUGAUGAUUCAUACAGGAGAGAAACCAUAUCAGUGUUCAGUAUGUCAAAAAGAUUUUAGACGAAGAACACAGCUUGCAGUGCACAUGAGGACUCAUACAGGAGAGAAACCAUAUCAGUGUUCAGUAUGUCAAAAAGAUUUUACAGCAAGACGAGGUCUUACAAUGCACAUGAGGAAUCAUACAGGAGAGAAACCAUAUCAGUGUUCAGUGUGUCUAAAAGACUUUAAACAAAAAUCACAUCUUACAAAGCACAUGAGGAUUCAUAAAAGAGAGAAAAAUAAGUUUUCAGAGCCUCAAAAUGACGUUACACAAAAAUUAGACCUAACGCAGCACCUAAGGCAUACAGGAGAAAAAUGUCAUUGUUCAUUGUGUAUGCAGAAAUCAAAUCUAACAGAGCACAUUAUGAUUGAUAGUGGAGAGAAACCAUGUAAAUGUUCAAUAUGUCUAAAAGACUUCACAAAGAAAUCAGAUCUAAGAAAUCACAUGAAUAUUCAUACAAGAGAGACCCAAUAUAAGUGUUCAACAUGUCUAAUAAACUUCACAGAGAAAUCAGAUCUAAUAAAUCACAUAAAGAUUCAUACUGGAGAGAACCCAUAUAAAUGUUCAGUGUGUCUUAAAGAUUUCACACAAAAAAAAAGUCUAAUUAGGCACAUUAUGAUUCAUACUGGAGAGAGACCAUAUAAAUGUUCAAUGUGUCUAGUAGGCUUUAAAACAAAAUCAGAUUUAAUAAGGCACAUAAAGAUUCAUACACGAGAGAAAGCAUAUAAAUGUUCAGUGUGUCAGAAAGACUUUCUUCGAAAAGAAUCCCUAACACAGCACAUGAGAAUUCAUACAACAGAAAAUAUCAGUGUAUUUAACAUUUUAAUUGUGCAACACAUCAUAUGAUGUGUUGAGUAACUUGCAGUAACUUGCGCUCCACAUCAUAUUAUGUAUUGGAGUACCGCCCAAGAUUUGAAAGGCCUGCGGGGUAAAGGGGGCCUCCAUACGCUGCCUAGGGGCUAUAGUAAACUGCCGCCAUUUUGUAAAAAAAUCCAGCUCACGCUACCAUCGCAUGGGAGGCAUCAGUUACCCAGCAGCCACCAUGUCGAGCGCACGGCCGAACGCUUUCCGGAUGCGCACCACGCAAUCACUCAUCCAAGAGCAAAUAACCAGUGAAUUAUUUUCUGAUGGUGAGGAAAGUGAUUUUGAUGACUCCGACAUUGAUAAAGACUACACACAAUUGACCGAUGAUAAUAGCACGGACAGUGAAAAUGAGAUGCAGCCACCUCCCAUGGCGAGGCCUAUACGCUUACCCAUGCCUCCUCGCCCAGUGUCUACUCCAAUCCACCCUCGACCACAUAGUUCCUGUGCUUAUUUAGAGUCUGAGGAUAUUUUCGGUGAUGAGUCAGAGGAAGGUGACUCUUUUUUCUGGUUUUAGUGAAGUGGAAUCAGAAUACAGUGUUACCGAGCCUGGUGCCAGUACCAGUGGUGUUA